AAGAGUUUGAAAACACAAGUCGCCAUUCGACUGUCAUCACAGCCAAGCCUUUGUUGAGUAAUGUUGCGUAUAACAAAGAAAUAGUAUCUGCUAUUAUUAAGUACUUAUUCAUAAAAGAGUUUCAAAUAUUGAUAGUUUAUAAUUUUUUAAUACGAUAAAUCUGUGAUAACUAGUAAGCAUUAACUUCGAAGAAUCGAGAUAUUUUAUAGUGUUUAAUCGAGUGCUCAUAACCUCUCUUUACAAAUAGAAAUUGGUUUGGUUACAGAUCAUGUCGUGGUUUUUUGGGAAAAAGAAACAUCGCGAGUUAUCUCCCAAUUCGCCAGAAGAGCAAGGACCACCAGAUGAUGGAUACAUAUUUGUUGAAAAAAGAAACCCAGUUGCACCCAAUGCAGAUGACCGAACAUCAAGCUUGUAUCCAUCUCUUGAUAUAGCAGCUUUACCAUAUCCACCAGGAUUACCAGGAGCUUCAGUUGUAAAGCAAGGUUCUCUAGAUAAUCAGAUCAAUUAUUUGAAUUGCAUCUCUUUCAAAUUGAGUAAUUUGUUAGAGAAAUCAAUGAAUGAUGAUUUAGUAAUUGAUCAACUUAGAUUAGAUGAAAUUGUAUCUUUUAUUCAGAGGAUUAAAUUAGAUAACUAUGAUUAUACAUUCAGUCUUGAGCGAAACGUAAUUUCGGAAUUGAAUAGUCAAAUUGAAGAAUGA